CGCCAUCUCCGUCAGCUCGUCACCGUGGCGACUUCGUCUUUCGCUCCCACCGCCAUGUCGCUGCUCUCCGCGCCGCGCCUCCCCGCGCGGCAGCUGCAUGCGACGACGCCCCACCGCUGGACGAACCCGUUCCUGGCGCUUGCGGAUGACAUGGACAGUGCCACGGAGGAGAAGAGCAAACCCAAAACCACGCAGGGGAUGCUGUAUGUGGUCCUCACUCCCUGGCUGGGCUUUGGCAUCUUCUUGCUCAGCUUUCCGGUGCUUUGGUGGAACGAACGGAGGGCCACCGGGCGCCGCGGGAAGCGCGAUCCGCCCGCAGGUUCUGCGACGGUGACCGGCACGGUGGUCAGUGAGAACGAGGAGAAAGGUGAGGUGACGGUGAAAGGCACCGUGCACCAGGAAGAAGGCCAGUCGCUCCUGCGGAACCCCGAGGAAGCCUAUCAGCAGGUGGUCGAGGGCUUCGAGGAUCGUCAGUGCUCCUAUGCCUGCUGCCGCCUGGUACGGCUCUGCUUCGAUUCGAUGCCGAGUUUGGAGGGAGUGGGCGACGUCCGCACCUACUUCUUUCGGGUGUUUGGAGUGCUCAUGAUGUUCACUGGCAUCGACAUGAUGCUGGGCCCCACCUACUUCCUCCUCCGUGGCAUGUGGUUCUUCGGUUUCCUCAUCGCAGCGCAUCUCGCGUUCUGCGCGUGUAAGACCAGUUGUUUGGGCAGCUGUUGCACCAUCCUGACCUCCUAUGUGCUGCACCGCCCUGGGGUGAUGGCUGCACUGGUGCUGACGUUUGUGGGCAUCAGCGGUCUGGGGAUCUACUACAACGCACCCUCGAUCGAAGACCGCUCGCUCUCGCCGCUCUCGGGUGGGUCGAGCCAAAACCUCGGGAGAGAUGCUGAAAUGAGCAACACUUCGGCUUGGCACUUCUGGGAAGUGUUGGGCUGGGAAGUGUUGUGCUUGGUUCCUGUAGAAAAACGCAUUGUUCACCCACACGUGCAUCCAGUCACCUUUGAUCAGUCACUUCGUCAACGCGAAUCAACUUCGAGCUGUCAUUGACUCGGUCGAGUUGGUGGAAGGACCCUCAGUUGGUGCUUUAUUUUUUUCACGACCUGGAUUCAGGUGCCGGUGCAUGCCCGCUGAGAUGGCGCCGACGUUUUCGUCACUCGUUUUGGUCGACAUCUUCGUGCGCAGAAGCCGACGCUUCGUUUCGGGCAGAAGCCCCGAAGAAGUGCACGCUGAGCUUCUUCCCCAGAAGUGAAGCGUAAAAAGUCAGGUGCUGUUCACGAGCCUCCGAGCCUCC